AUGGUCACGGAAAAUGGUGGUUCUCGAUCCCCGCCUGUUUCGGGCGACCUUGAUCUUGCCAGUCGUCGCAGAGUCGCGCAGCCGCCACGUCUCGACUUUCUCAGGGCCGAUGCGCCAGGCCUGACGCCUCAUCUAGGUCUACCGGCGCAAAGAUCCCCUCGUCUCUUUCCCGCAGGCGCUCCUCCGCGUUCGCCUCGAGGGGGGCCGCCGUAUUUCCAUCCACAUGACCCUUCUCGACCGCCUCCUUCGCCACGCAAUGACUUUGGUGGUGGUGGUGGCGGCGAGCCGUUUCGGGCCACACCGCAAUAUCGCGCGCCUACCUUCCCCCCUCAUUUCGCAGAUCAGGAUCCGCGACGUCCCCCGAAUGAGCAACACGGUGGCUUCGACCGACAGAACCAUCGGAAGGGCCCCCACUAUAACGAUCGCCGUCAAAACGAUACUGGUGGCCAGGGGCUGCCUCCUCCACGUUUUCCAUAUCACGGUGGUGUCGCGGAGGGUGAAGAUGUUCUCCGGUCUAGCUUGAACUCUGCCAUGACGUCGAGAUCGAGCAUCGAACAUACCAGCGGGACCGAGCGCAGUAGUGUUCUGACCAAGAGCAGUUCAAUCACGGAUCUGUCUCCAGACACGCCGGAUGGUCCCAGCGAUCGAGACGGUGGGAUGAGUGUCGAAGACGCCAUUUCUAUGUAUCUGGACGGCUUCAGCGACGUGACGGAAGAACCGGCCUCCCCGGAGUGCGACAAAUUCCUCAAAACCCAGACCAUCGCCCCCGUCCACUCGGCUGAAGUACCGGUCAACAAUGGUGAGGAUGAUGACGACGACGAUGGGUACACCUCCGAUGAACAUUCACCGCAGAUCGAAGCUGUUGAGGAUCUUCCUCCUGUGCCUCCUUUGCCACAAGACCUCCCAGAGCCGGUAUCGAUGUCUCCAAUCAACCAGGAUGAACCCCCGCAAGAGACCACAAUCAUUGUUCCAGGUAUGGUGCCGCCGGGUUUCUUGCCCGGAACGGAUAAUCAUGACCGCUACGGGUUUCGCAAAACCACCCUUUACAUCACAUUGGAUCAGUAUGAAGGAUGGAACCGUCAGUAUAACCAGUUCACAGCGAGCUCCAAGACGAAAUGGAUCAAGUUGCUCCAGGAGCAUGGCCUCAACACGUCCGAUCCCACAGUCUUUCCGCCCAAAUCGAACAAAGUGAAGCGAUUCAUCCGAAAAGGUAUCCCGUAUGAGUACCGCGGCGCUGCGUGGUUCUUCUACGCCGGCGGCUACGAACUUCUGAAUCGGAACAUGGGCCUUUAUGACGAGUUGGUGAAGCGUGCCAUGGAGUCGCCCAGUAAUGAUGACAAGGAGCAUAUCGAGCGGGAUCUGCAUCGGACCUUCCCUGACAACGUUCAUUUCAAACCCGAAAUGGCCAAAGACGCUCCUAACUCGGGUAGCAGUAAUCCAAAGCAUGGAUCUAUCACCGUCGAGACCCAGAUGAUCCGGUCGCUUCGGCGAGUCCUUUAUGCAUUCGCGCUCCAUAGCCCAAAGAUCGGGUAUACCCAGUCGCUCAACUUCAUCACGGGCCUCUUGCUUUUAUUUCUCCCAGAAGAAAAGGCAUUCUGGAUGCUUCAUCUCAUCACAUCCGCCUAUCUUCCCGGCACGCACGAGAUUAGUCUGGAGGGCGCCAAUGUGGACCUCUGGACCCUAAUGGUUUUGCUCAAGGAGACAUUACCGCAUCUUUUCGCGAAAAUUGCAACCACCGGCCCGACAAACGCGCGGGGAAAGCUUCCGCCUUUCACUGUUGACACUCGCUUGCCGGACAUCACUCUGGGCCUCACCAACUGGCUGAUGUCGUUGUUCAUUGGCAGUUUGCCUCUGGAAACAACGCUGCGAGUCUGGGAUGUUUUCUUCUAUGAGGGCUCAAAGACCUUUUUCCGCGUCUCGUUGGCCAUCUUCAAAGCCUGUGAAAAGGACAUCCUUGCCGUCUCGGACCCGAUGGAAGUCUUCCAGGUGGUUCAGACAGUCCCCAAGAAACUGCUCGACGCAAACACGCUGUUGGACGACACCUUUGUCCGGCGAAACCGUGUCGGCCAAGCAAAGAUCGAACAGCUGCGGAGUGCACGGCGGACGGCGGUACGCCAGGAAAAGAUGAGAAGAUCCCUCACCGCGCAAAAAGGGCUUGCAGUCGCGAACGAGGAGUGGCCCUCGCGAACCAGAACACCUGUCCCUGGUGCGGAGCGCAGUGUCGCUGGAGCCAUGAGCGGACAGGCAGCUAGCUAUUACAAUCAGAACCAGGCCUUUGAGGAUCCCCGGCCUGUACCAACUGUCCAGCCUGCGCGCCAGUCUGGUUACAGCGAUUACAACCAGAGUGCGAAUGGUAAUGGCCAGUAUCACCCGGGAGCUCCAGAGCCCAAGGCGCCGCCACCGUAUCAACCGAACUACAACCAGAACCAGAACGCCAAUGACUUCAACCAGGCCUUCAAGGUUGAGAGGCCCAAAUUCAAUGACAUUUGGGCCGGUAUCCUGUUGAUUGCUGUUUUCCUGGGAUACGUCGUCGUCUCGGGCAUCGCGAUCAACAAAUACGCCAGUUACAAAGGCUUCAGUGGCGGUGGCAUCUACGGCGGGUCCAAUGACUUCUCGCUGGAUACCAAUACGCUAGUCCUGUUUGUGUUUGUGCUGUGUGUGGCCCUCGCGUUCUCGUGGGCGUAUUUCCUCGGCGCGCGAUACUUCACCAAACUGUUCAUCUGGGUGACGGGUAUUCUCAACAUCGUCUUUGCCCUUGCGACGGGGAUCUACUACAUCGCUCGAGGACAGUAUGGAGGUGGCAUCGUGUUUCUGCUGUUCGGCGUGUUCGCCAUCAUCUGUUUCAUCAGCUGGAUCCCCCGUAUCCCCUUUAGCGCCUUGAUGCUCCAGACCGCGAUGGAUGUGGCCCGCUACCACGGCCAUGUCUUCCUUGUGUCGGCGCUGGGCGGGAUCGUCGCCGUCGCGUUCUCGGCCUGGUUCUCCGUGACCUUGGUCUCAAUCUAUGUCGCCUACGAACCCAGCAGCUCGGGGACAACAAACCCGGCGUGUAACGGGUCCUGCAGCUCGGCGAAAGUCAUCGGGCUGGUCGUGUAUGUGACCUUUGCGAUGUACUGGCUGAGCGAGUGGUUGAAGAACACUAUUCAUACCACCAUCGCGGGCGUCUACGGAUCAUGGUAUUUUUUCAGCGGCUCCCCCGGGGGUAUGCCCCGUGGUGCCACGCGGGGGGCCUUCCGACGGGCGACGACGUACUCGUUCGGCAGCAUCAGUUUCGGCAGUUUGAUCAUCGCGAUCAUCAACAUGCUGCGGCAGGCGUGUUCCGUCGCGCAGCAGCACGAGGCCGCCGAGGGGAACAUCAUCGGCAGCAUCUUCUUCUGUAUCCUGGGCUGCUUCAUCUCCCUGCUGGAUUGGCUCGUCACUUUCUUUAACCGCUACGCCUUCUGCCAUAUCGCCCUGUACGGUAAAGCCUACAUCCCCGCCGCGAAAGAUACAUGGACGAUGAUGAAGGAUCGCGGGCUCGACGCCCUAGUCAAUGACUGCCUGAUCGGACCCGUGAUCACCAUGGGCUCCGUGUUCGUCUCGUACGUCUGCGCCCUGCUCGCGUAUCUUUAUCUGCAGUUCACGAACCCGAGCUACAAUUCAAACGGCGACUUUACGGCCGUGAUCAUGGCGUUUGCCUUUGUCAUCGGCCUCCAGAUCUGCCAGAUCUUCAUGACCCCCGUCGGAAGCGGGGUCGAUACCAUCUUCGUGGCCAUGGGAUGGGACCCGGAGGUCAUGAUCAGGGACCACUCAGACCUCUAUAACCAGUUGAUUCAUUUGUAUCCGCGCGUGCAGCAGGCUAUCCAUGCUUAA